AUGAGACGCCCAAGAUUUUUAAGUCCUUAAGAGAGAGUGAAGUCUCCUCUUGCUCAUGUAAAUUUACAAAUUCCACGCAAACAGUCUCUGUUGAUGUAGGUAAGAAUUGUAAUUAAUAAGACUGGUCCUUAUGUAUUUGAUAGCUCUUAAGUUAUUGGAAAAGGAUAGUAUUCAGUUGUUUAUAAAGGACAUGAAUAAAAUAAGCCUAAUCAAAUAGUAGCUGUUAAGGUUAUCACAAUUCAACCUAACAAUCCAAUUCAAAUGUACAUGAUCGAAAAUGAAAUCAACAUUCUUAAGCUUUUAGAUUCUCCUCAUAUACUUAAAUUACUAUAUCAUAAUCAAACCCAUAAAUAAGUAUUUCUAGUAACUGAAUUUUACAAUAAAGGUAAUAAAUCUACUCAAAUUGAUAGGUGAUCUUCUACAAAAAUUAUAACGAUCUCUAAUCUCAGAAGAUGAAGCACUAUAAUAUACUCUACAAAUUGCAAAAGCAUUGGAAACUAUCCAUUAACACAAUAUAAGUAAGAAUUCAAAUAUCUCUAGUGCAUGGAGACAUAAAAUCUGCAAAUAUUUUACUUUCUGAUAAAUGUGUUCUAGCAGACUUUGGAUUUGCUUAGAAAAUAGAUUAAGCAUAAUAAACAUUUAUUAUUGGUACACCUUUGUAUAUGGCACCUGAAGUACUCUUUGAUAAUCAGAUAAAUUGUUAAGCAGAUAUGUGGUCUUUAGGUUGUGUGUUAUAUGAGAUGGUUUUUGGAUAAUCACCAUUUUAUUCUGAGAACAAUGAUAUAUUAAAAAUUACUUUAUCAAAGUUUAAAGAACAUGGUAAAUUAACAUUUCCAAACACUGGUGUUUCUAAAAAGAUUUAAGCUUUAAUCUUGCAUUUAAUAAAAAUAGAUCCAAAUGACAGACUGACAGCAUAAGAAACAGUUGGAUUACUUGAACCAAGAAGUGUAGAUGAAUAAUUAAAAUUAAAUGAAAAUCAAAUAAAAAUUAAACAAGAAUUAUUGAAUCUAGAUGAAAAAGAUACUCAAAUUUAAGUGCCUCAAUAAUAAUAAACCAACAUUAAUGAUAGCAAUGCAAAUUCUAAUUCUUAAUCAAAUUAAACUCCUAUUUAAGAUAUCCAAUCUACUCCUGAUAAUUAAAAAAAUGUUGGUGAUAAUAAUUCAUAAGAUGAACAUAGAAGAAGCACAAAAAAUAGUAACUCAAGUGCCAAGAGAAAAAAACUAUUAUAAUAAUUAAAUAAUAUUAAUUAAAGGAAAGUUAAUUCAUACAUUAACAAUACUCCUUCUUAAUAAACAUAGUAAUAAAAUACUCAAAAUUCUGAUGUGAAGAAAGUUCUUCAUAAGAAUAAUUAAAAUCCAUAAUAAAUUAAUGUUAAUAAUAAUAAUAAUAAUAAUAAUAAUAAUAAUAAUAAUAAUAAUAAUAAUAAUAAUAAUAAUAAUAAUAAUAAUAAUAGCUCUAGUAAUAAAACCAUUUCUUUAUUAGAUUUAGUCAAUUAUUUUUAUAAAGUAUAUUAAUUAAUACUAAGUGGAAAAGAACUUAAAUUAGCUUUUAUUUAUCUAAAGCUUGUAAAUAUCUAUUAUAUGGCAUAUUUAGAAGAAUAAUCUAAAUAAUAAAAAAAAGUGACUUUUCUUAGUUGUUAGAAUGAUUAUUUUGAAUUAGAAAGAGAAAUUAAGAAUAAAUAUCCUCAUUGGUUUAAAGAGGAAGAAUUUCAAAAGAUUUUUCAUAGCAAAUUUGUCCUUACUUAAGAUUUUCUGAAAUAUUCCUUAAAUUAUUUGAAUAAAGCAGCUGUUGAUCAAUAAUUAGAUGAAAAAAUAACAGAAAAAAUAAAAAAAACACUUCAAAUAAUAUCUAUACUUGUGUCAAAUGAUAAAAACAGCACAAUUUAGUUAGAUUAAUAAAUUAUACGACUUCAUAGACUUAAUUCCAAAGUUUGA